CACAGGAGUAAACGAGGCAAACUGUUGAGUUGUAUACACUCGGAGAAGACCACGAGAUCUCUGCGCUUCUGUGGAUCCAAAAUCCGAGAGGGUUUUGGCGAAGAGUGGAUGCGUGUCUUUCUUUUGCAUUGGAUUACGCAAUUUUGAAGUUCCAGCAAGCACACGUCAUAGUGUACUAUGUAGUGAAAGGCAGUGUAGGUGCCCAGUAUGACGUGUGGGUGCUGCACCCGCUCAUUUUCAUCACAUUUGCGACUGUAUUUGUGCUCUUGGUUGAACCCAAUGCAGUAGGAAGUUGUAUCCCGGAGUUGAAAACCAUCAUCAGGGGAGUCACUCUCAACUAAUACCUCAGCUUUAAAACUUUCAUUUCAAAUAAAGUCAGUUAACUCCCAUAGCUCAUUCCUAGUUAAAACAUGCCGUCUUUUAUAUGAAUCAAAAACAUUCGAUUCACUCAUUUUUUUCUGUUUUGAAAAAAAAACAGAUUGGGUUAGUUUAUUAAAGAUCGACCCUGAAUGUACUCCGAUUUUAUAGAUGCACCAAAAGUAUAUGUAGUUAACUGACAGCCUGUAAAUCCAAGUACGGAACCAUCAAAAACUAGAGAACUUUUCUUAUCAAAAAUGUAAAGAAAAUGUAGGGGUAUCAUUAGGUGAUUAUACUGUGUUGGGUAAAGCUUGAAGAGACUGAGAAUGUUUCAAUUUAGAUUGGACUGACAAUAGUUCUGGGCAGUGGCAUGCCCAUCGGCAAGAAGGGUCCGUUUGUCCACGUGGCGUGCAUGGCAGCAACCCAGCUCAGCUCCGCCGUCACUUCCUUCCAAGACGUGUCUACCGCAAUUCCACUCGCAACACAGGGAUGCUGGCAGGCGCGUGUGCAGUAGGAAAUGCGUGCAAUUUUGCUGCUCCAUUUGUUUAGUGACGUCUUUUGUGCUCAAGCUUCUCAAUAUUUAGGAAUAUGUGAAUUUUCUCCCACCUUAAGUUAAAUGGUAAAAUCAAGCAGUAAAGCUUGUAUGCACAAUGCUCAAAUCUGAUUGGCUGAAAAGUAUUACGUUUAAGCAAGUGAACGAUCCCCUCCCUAAAUUGAUUUAGGGGUGAGAUUGUUAACUUGGUCCAGUUUUUAUACAAACCACAAGUUAGUUUGAUUGGUAAAUGUGACUAAAUAACCGAUUCCAUGUUGAAUGACAAUCAAAUUGCACUGAGAUGAGAUAACUAUCGGGUGAUAUUGAAACUGAGAAGGUUUCAAAGUAAUGAGACUCUGUAAAUCUAAGUACGGAACCAUCAAAAACUAGAAAACUUUUCGUAUCAAAAAAGUAAAGAAAAAGUAGUUUCAGUUAUGGUUGUAUCGGUAGUCCUUUUUAGGUGGGGUGCUGUUCAGCAUAGAAGUCACGGCCACAUACUUUGCUUGCAGUGCGUAACUAUUGGAGGGAUAUUUUUAGUGCAGUAAUAGGGGUACUAGUUUUCCAGUUGGUAGUCAUGUAAGCCGACAAUGAGCACACAAUUACAGCUCUCUUCAGCAACAGUUUUCCCGUUGAGAUCCCUUUUGACAACAUUCUCUAUUUACAGGGUCCAUAAUUACAUCUGGAUGGUCCGACGGAUUAAAAUCUGCGUUAUCUACAAUUUGAGUAUUUACAGUCUGAUCUCUAACUUCGCCUGGAAUUCCCCGCCCGGGACCGGUACUCUACUCACUCUUGAACAGGAAGAGACGUUGAGUCACUGGAACACUGAACCAAGUGGAAUCUUCGUCUGUCUCAGAUUGUUUGUUGCUUCCAAAUUCGUCCUUUCCGCUCUUGCCGUGACCAUGCCAAUCCCUAGCGGUAUCUGUUUGCACACUUUUCCCAUUGGGGCUGGCUUCGGUCGGAUAGUCGGGGAGUUCUUCCAUUACUGGUUUCCAGACCGAAUUGGGGUCGUCGAGAUCCAACCGAGAAGCUAUAUCAACAUCAGCCAUCGUCUUCGAACUGACAGUUCAUAUUGCGCACUCUCUUCCGGUGCUAAUUGCAGUCAUCUUGGCCAACAUGGUCGCCCAGUGUCUACAACCAUCAAUGUGGACAAAGAUAGUAACAUCCAGAUGAAUCAGUUGCCGUUCCUAACUGACAUCGCCUCCGCUUCCAGGGAAUUUUACGACAUCACAGCUGAACAAAUCAUGCAAACGAAGCUGAGUUAUAUAUGCUGGAGACAGCCAUAGAAGGAAGUCUACAGUAUAAUCCGUAGCUUGAGCACUUAGUAGAAAGUCACGUGAGUAUGGUGUUGCUAGGCACAAUGCGAGUGGGAAUUUUACAAGCCAAGAUACAACAGCAAAUCAGUCGACCAGCGUUGCUGAAGUUCAUACGUAAUGGAUGCGACUUCAACGCACUGAAUUUAAAAACUCAACAGAAGUAGAGACGCAAUCCGAAUGCAAUUUCAAAUGACAAUGAAAAUACACGUUACAAAUUGGAGAGAAACACAGGAAAAUCACCAAGCAAUGAGUCCUAUUGAAUACAAUAAAGGAUGCGUCAGCGCCCGACAGCCAAUACAUGAACGAGAGACGCCAAUCGAAGACCAUUUUCAACACAGACUUCCACAGAGUUUCCUGGCUACGAAUCCGGCCGCAAUGAAGAAGGUCAAAGUGAAAACCUUGUGUGGCUUAUUUUCUGGUUCUUUAGCUGAUAUUUCCACGGCCUCAUCUUUGGUACAAGACCAUGCAACUCUUGUUGCUGCGUACCAACAUAGCAGGAGAAACUCAGCCACAGCAUACGAUCACCACUCGAAGUCCGCUAGCUCAAAUAUGCACGGGGGCAACAAAUCAAACACGAUGACAAAUAUGACUCAAAAUGACGCAAAAUGACGUCAGACUAGCUGUCCAGCAUUCAUCUGCGUAUAUAGAUAUUUGCGAGUUACAAGAAAAGAAAACGACACCGAUCUUUUGACAGCAGUUGUGCUACAAUUGUCUAUAGUGAUGACGGAAGGACACUCAGAUAAUAAUGAGUGUCCUUCGUCAUCAUGUGAUGACCAUGACAAAAAUGGACACCACAACUAAGCCAAUACAGCGGAACUCGAUCGGGAAAAAGUGUCUUGGAAACAAAGAUCGAAUAAUAGUGAUGUGCAGUCGGCGUCUAAAUCAUCAGACUCGCUCAGUGAAGCCUUCAACUACGCCAAGAUCUAAACGAAUUACUGAUGACAUGACCCAAGAUCCUAUUUGUCCAAAAGUUCCUCUAAGAAGAUAUAACUUCAGACAAAGUUCAUCAUCAUCAACACCGUUUUCGACCAAUCAAAUCAACGGAAACAGAACAAACCAACAUCCGCCAACUAUACCUGAAGUUGACCUAACGCCUAAUCAAAAGAGCCAUGAUUCCAGUUUGAAACCUAUAUUCGUGCCCACAGCGUGGUCUAUGCCAUACAAGCCACCGAUCCAUGAUUCAAGUGUGAUUCCUGUUUAUCCGAGGGACAUUCUACAGUUUCGACAGGGGCCGGAGAAAACUCUGACUGAAAUUAGAGCGAGUCAGUCUAUUCUGAUGAAUAGUCUAAAGAAGAGCAUCUUCAGCACUGCCAAACCACCGCCAGUGAGCCCAGCCUCAAGACAGGUCACCAAUGUAUGACCAUGCGUGUAUGACCAAGGAUGUAUGGUCACAAAUGUCUCCAAUCUAUGAAGAUAUGAAUGUCGGGCCACUAUUAUUGGCAGGACCAGAAAAUUUGAAAGUCGCUAUCAUAGUUUGAAUUAAUUUGAGCUGAAAAAUGAUAAUUUGAUGACAAUUUGAUGAUAAAUUAUUUUGAAAAGUUUGAAGAAACUGUGCAAAUUGAAGGAUAAUUUAG